AACAACAACACAACCCCCAACAACAACACAACCCCCAACAACAACACAACCAUCAACAACAACACAACCACCAACAACAACACAACCGUGGUCAACAAUAACGUUUCCGUGGAUGACAAUAACACAGCCAUGGUAUACAACUUCUACACAACCGUGGACAACAACAACAGAACCUUCAACAACAACAACAACACCCGAAACAACAACCACAAACUAUGUACCUUUCUGGACAAAUGUUCCGUUUUGGUUUUACAUAACAAACAACGGACAACGACUUAGUCCAAGGCAAAUCCAAAAUCUAUUGAACCAAGUAUCUUGGUUAAAUGGACAGAACUGGCCGAUGCUGCCAAACCCUUAUUUACCAAAUAGUGCUGCUAUGCCUAAAUGGUUACUUCGUGCAAUUCAACAAAACAGACAACAAAAUCGACCACGACAAAAUGGACCACGUCGAUUGCAAGGAUAAUGCAGUGUAUUAACUGUUUUUCGCAUAAGGAGAACUUUUAAGUUUGUAAAUGUUAACACUUUUGCUUAACCAUUAUUGUGGGUGAUCCUUGUAUUAAAGUAAAGAUUACGAAAAUAUCACUUACCCAACUGUGUACUAAUAGUACUCAAGAUUUAAAUAUCGGUACCAUUAUACUCUCUAUAUGCACUCAUACAUGGCCUACCAUACACGUUAUAAUCUAUAUGAUACGUGGUCUUUUGGUUUUCGUAAUAAAAAUGUUCAGUUUAAAACUGCGCACCGAGUUAGUUAACGAUUGGUUAAAUGCGAUACUUUCAAAUAUAUCCUAAACAAUAAACCGUUAAGAGCAUUUGA